CGGUUUAUCAAUUUACCUUGACAACAUUCAGUCCCUCUACACUGAAAAUUAUUCUCCUCCAUCUUCGUGGCUACCCUGUAUCCUGUAAUAACUAAACACUCAAAACCCUAGAAAAUCCACCAUGAACACCUGAUCUCACUCCGAAUCAUCUUCAAACAAGCACAACUAGAUCAUGAAACCCUUGGUGGAGCUCUGCGAUCUGAUCGCCCAAAACCCUAGCCAAUUCCCCGACAAAAUCGACUGGAUUUGCAACCGAUGUCCUCCGUCAGACUCUUUCUCAUCCAGAUCUCCAACAAUCACACCUGAUCACCUCAAUGCAAUCCUCAUUACAGCCAGAUUCAUCUCCAAAUGCGGUAAUUACAAUGAUACUCGUCCUCAAACCAUUAUUAUUGACUUUAUUCGCACAAUUCCAGCUUCAUUUGACCAGUCGCUCUGGCCGAAUUCGUUCGGUACCUCUUCGAUUGCUUCGUUUUAUGCCGAAUUGUUUGGAUAUGUAUGUAAAGCGUGUGUGUUUUAUCCGGAGUUUGAAUCUGAAGUGGCUAGGGUUAUGGGAGAGGUAGUGUAUGCUGCUGUUAAUGAUAGGUUUGGGGAUUUGGGGAUUUCUAGGGCUUUUUUGAGUGCGGUGAGUGAGAAUUUCCCUCCCGUUGGAACAACUGAUGCGAAUAAGUUGGUUACUUCGUUGCUUGAUGGCAUAGAGUUUGCGCUGCCGUGUGGUAGCUCGCCGAAGGGGAUGAUGGGGUCGAAUUCGUCGUCGCAGAGCUCGCCGGUUAGUGUGAGUAAUGUUGCGGGGUCGAGUUCGUCGAGUGGGGGUGUGGAUGAAGUGAAUUCGAGGGCUAUUGUAGUUAAUGGGGGUGGUAAUGCUUGGGGGGUAAUGGGGACUCCGAAUGGUAGUGAUAGAAGGGGGGUUGGGGUUGCUUACUUUGAAGAUGAGUCGGUGGAGAAUCUGGAGAAACAAGAGAUUGCUUUUAAGUUGAUUAGUCAUAUAGUUGAUAAAUCGAAGAUCGAUCCUAAUUUACUGGAACGGGUGCAUGUUAUUACAAAGGAUCAGCUCAAAUCAGUUUCAUCUUUUCUAAAGAUAAGAAAGCGUGAUUGGACGGAGCAGGGGUCAUUAUUGAAAGCUAGGAUUAAUACCAAACUUUCUGUUUAUAAAGCUGCAGUUAAGUUGAAAAUUGCUGGUCUUUCAUCUCUUGAUUCAGAUGGUAAAUUGUCUAAGAAAUUGUUAAUUGGAGCUCUAGCAUUGUUGGUAGAAGCCGCCGAAGCUUGUGUUUAUUCAGUAUGGCGUAAACUGCGAGUUUGUGAAGAUCUUUUCAGUUCGUUGCUUGAUGGUAUCGCUAAAAUUGCUGUUACCCGUGAAGGUCAUCUACUACGGGUUCUGUUUAUACGGUUUAAACCACUUGUGCAAGCUACAUGUGCUCAAGCUGAUACUUGGGCAAGCAGUCAGGGAGCUAUGUUUGAAAGUGUCUUGAAGUCAAGCUGUGAGAUUAUUAAAUAUGGAUGGACUAAGGACCCACACGCAGUGGAUACGUUUAUUAAGGGACUGGCUGCAAAUAUUCGCCAACAUAAUGACUAUGAGGAAGAGGAUGUCAAAGAGAAGCAGGCAGUUCCUCUCUUGCAGCUCAAUAUCAUUAAGUUGCUUGCAGUGUUAAACGUACAAGUUAAGAAAGCCGAAAUUGUUGACAUUAUAUUGCCUCUGUUUAUUGAAAGUUUGGAGGAGGGUGAUGCUUCAACUCCUGGCUCAUUACGUCUCCGACUUCUUGAUGCUGUUUCUUGCAUCGCGAGUUUAGGUUUCGAGAAAUCUUAUCGUGAAGCUGUUGUGCUUAUGAUAAGAAGUUACUUAAGUAAACUUUCUAGCAUUGGAUCUGCAGAAAGCAAAACAUUGCCACCAGAGGCCAAUACAGAACGUGUUGAGACUCUUCCUGCAGGAUUUGAAGCGAUAGCUAGAGGCCUUACAAAUGCAAAACUUAGAGUCGACUUCCGUCAUCGUCUUCUAUCUUUAUGCUCAGAUGUUGGUUUGGCUGCUGAGUCCAAAAGUGGAAGCGGAGCUGAUUUUCUUGGACCUCUACUUCCGGCUGUGGCUGAAAUAUGUUCUGAUUUUGAUCCAACGGUGGAUAUCGAACCUUCACUCCUGAAGUUAUUUCGUAACCUAUGGUUCUACAUUGCUCUGUUUGGCUUGGCCCCGCCUGUGCUGAAAUCUCCAACCCCAGUGAGGCCGAACUCCACAACAUUGAACAAUGGAGGGAACACAAGUGCGGUUGCCCUUCAAGCUGUCGGUGGACCCUACAUGUGGAAUCCUCAAUGGUCUUCUGCUGUUCAACGCAUAUCUCAAGGAACUCCACCUCUUGUUGUUAGCUCUGUGAAAUGGCUAGAAGAUGAAUUAGAACUGAACGCCCUUCAUAACCCUGGAAGUCGUAGAGGAAGCGGAAAUGAGAAAGCUGCUGUAAGUCAAAGAACAGCUCUUUCUGCUUCAUUAGGAGGGCGUGUUGACGUUGGAGCAAUGGGCACAAUUUCAGGGGUGAAGGCAACGUAUCUUCUUGCAGUUGCAUUUUUGGAAAUUAUACGAUUCAGCAGCAACGGCGGCAUUCUUAAUUGUGGUCCCAAUUCAACCGCAUCUAGAAGUGCCUUCAGCUGUGUUUUUGAAUAUCUCAAAAGCCCAAACCUCAUGCCAGCUGUCUCACAAUGCUUGAUCGCCAUUGUUCAUCGUGCUUUCGAAACAUUAUUAUCAUGGCUGGAGGCUCAAAUUUGUGAGACGGGAGAUGCCGCAGAGCUCAGAGAGUCAACUCUUUCUGUCCAUGCUUGUUUUCUCAUAAAGAGUUUAUCUGCGAGAGAAGAUCAUAUUCGGGAUUUAUCGAUUAAUUUGUUGCCUCAACUGAGAGAAAGAUUCCCACAGAUCUUGUGGAAAUCAUCUUGUCUUGAUUGUCUACUCUUUUCUGUCAAUAAUAACCCGCCUUCAGGUCUUGCAAAUGAUCCCGCUUUUAUAUCAUCUGUCCGUUCUUUGUACCAAAAAGUUGUCCGUGAAUGGAUUAUUAUUUCACUAUCGUAUGCCCCAUGCACCAGCCAAGGUCUUCUUCAGGAGCAACUUUGUAAAGCAAACACAUGGCAAAAAGCACAGCCUACAACAGACGUUGUUUCUCUUUUAUCCGAGAUAAAAAUAGGCACCGGUAAAAACGAUUGUUGGACCGGAACAAAAACCGCAAACAUCCCUGCAGUAAUGGCAUCUGCAGCCGCUGCAUCGGGUGGAAAUCUCAAAUUAUUAGAAGCGUUCAACAUUGAAGUUCUUAGCACUGCUAUUGUGAGUGCCACAGUCAAGUGUAAUCAUGCAGGAGAAAUUGCUGGCAUGACAAGACUAUAUGAGAAUAUGGAGAGUGUAGAUGAUGAUUCUGAAGUUGGCACGUCAGCACCGGGACCCGGUGGUAGCCUUUCAAGGCUUAUAACUGGGUCGUUUCCUCAACCGACCCCACCCAAAAAGCAAUCCUUUAGUGAGAUAUUACUUAACAAGUUUGUUCGGCUUCUUCAAAAGUUUGUUUCCACUGCAGAGAAAGGCAGGAGUAUUGACAAGCCAUCAUUUCGUGAGACUUGUUCCCAGGCGACUGCACUGCUUCUUUCCAAUCUGGCUUCAGAUAAAAAACCGACUGCGGAGAGCUUUUCACAGCUUUUAAGACUUCUAUGCUGGUGUCCAGCUUAUAUAUCUACACCUGAUGCAAUGGAGACCGGUGUAUUCAUCUGGACAUGGUUAGUUUCUGCUGCACCGCAGUUGGGUUCCGUGGUGCUUGCAGAGCUUGUUGAUGCAUGGCUAUGGACCAUUGAUACCAAGCGUGGGCUGUUUGCAUCUGACGUGAGGUUUUUCGGGCCAGCUGCUAAGUUAAGGCCUCAGCUUGCACCCGGUGAGCCAGAAGCACCACCUGAGAAGGACCCGGUUGAAGAGAUUCUUGCACAUAGGCUAUGGCUUGGGUUUUUCAUAGACCGAUUUGAGGUAGUUAGACACAAUAGUGUGGAACAACUGUUGCUUCUUGGCAGGAUGUUGCAAGGGACUACGAAAUUUCCGUGGAGAUUUUCACGACAUCCAGCAGCCACUGGUACAUUUUUUACCGUCAUGUUGCUUGGACUUAAGUUAUGCUCGUGUCAAUAUCAGGGUAACUUGCACAAGUUUAAGUUGGGACUUCAGCUUCUAGAAGACAGGAUUUACCGGGCCUCAUUAAGCUGGUUUUGCCAUCAACCCGAGUGGUACGAGACAAAUAACGGGAAUUUCGCACUCAGUGAGGCCCAAUCUGUUCAUGCUUUUGUCCAGUUUCUGUUAAAUCAACGGAUGGAUGUUUCCCAAAAUGAUUUAAAAGUACAGGGUCAGGAAAACGGGAAUACCUUGCUCAAUACGAAGGAUUUAUAUCACCCUGUAUGGGGAUCACUGGAGAAUAACGCUGCUGGCAGAGAGAAACGGAAGCAACUACUUUUAAUGUUAUGCCAGCAUGAAGCUGAACGGCUUGAUGUUUGGGCACAACCUAUUGGCUCCAAGGAAAACACCUCUUUUAAGCCCAGGAAUAAUUCGGAGAAAUGGACGGAAUACGCUAGAACCGCAUUUGCAAUUGAUCCCAGGAUUGCUUUCUCGUUGGGCGCUAGAUUUCCUACAAACACUUUACUAAAGGCAGAACUCACUCAGUUGGUUCAGACGCAUAUAUUGGAGAUUCGUAUGAUACCCGAGGCUUUACCGUACUUUGUGACACCAAAGGCUGUGGACGAAGAUUCUCCACUUUUGCAGCAAUUAACACAUUGGGCCGCUUGUUCAAUCACACAGGCGUUAGAGUACUUCACUCCAGCAUACAAAGGUCACCCUCGUGUUAUGGCUUAUAUUCUGAGGGUACUAGAGUCAUAUCCUCCAUCCAGAGUAACCUUUUUCAUGCCGCAGCUAAUUCAAGCUUUACGAUACGAUGAUGAGAAAUUGGUUGAAGGUUACCUGAUUAGAGCUGCUCAAAGGAGUGACGUGUUCUCUCAUAUUCUUAUUUGGCAUUUACAGGGUGAGACCUGCGCGCCCGAGCAAGGGAAAGAAGCACUGUCAGCAAAGACACAAGCGUUUUUGGCUCUUCUGCCACUUGUUAGAGACCGCAUUAUCGAUGGCUUUAAUCCCAAGGCACGUGGCAUAUUUCGCAGAGAAUUCGAUUUCUUUGAAAAAGUCACAUCCAUUUCAGGUGUUCUAUAUCCACUUCCAAAAGAAGAAAGACGAGCCGGUAUAAGAAGAGAGCUGGAAAAAAUUCAGUUGGACGGUGACGACCUCUACCUACCAACAGCUCCUAAUAAGCUUGUUAAGGGUAUUCAGGUUAACAGCGGAAUACCUUUACAAUCAGCUGCAAAAGUGCCGAUUAUGAUCACGUUUGAUGUUGCUGAUCGAGACGGAGAUCCUAAUGACAUAAAGCCACAAGCUUGUAUUUUUAAGGUUGGAGACGACUGCCGACAAGAUGUACUUGCUUUACAAGUUAUUUCACUUCUGAAGGAUAUAUUUCAAGCAGUUGGUUUAGAUCUUUAUUUGUUUCCUUAUGGAGUACUUCCAACUGACCCAGAAAGAGGAAUUAUUGAGGUUGUUCCAAAUACACGCAGUAGAAGCCAGAUGGGUGAGACCACCGAUGGCGGUUUGUAUGAAAUAUUUCAACAGGACUUUGGGGCAGUGGGGUCUCCAAGUUUUGAAGCUGCGCGCCAUAAUUUCAUCAUCAGCAGUGCUGGUUAUGCUGUUGCCAGCUUGUUGCUUCAGCCAAAGGAUAGACAUAAUGGAAAUCUUUUAUUCGAUAGUGCAGGUCAUCUUGUCCAUAUCGAUUUUGGUUUCAUCUUAGAGACAUCACCUGGUGGAAACAUGCGAUUCGAAAGCGCUCACUUUAAGCUGAGUCAUGAGAUGACUCAGUUGCUUGAUCCAUCCGGUGCAAUGAAAAGUGAAACUUGGUUUUUAUUUGUAAGCUUGUGCGUGAAGGGAUACCUUGCUGCCCGCCGCUAUAUGGACGGGAUCAUAAACACGGUAUUAAUGAUGGUAGAAAGUGGAUUACCAUGUUUUAGCAGAGGAGACCCGAUUGGUAAUUUAAGAAAGAGAUUUAAUCCCGAGAUGAGUGAGAGACAAGCAGCAAACUUCAUGAUCCGCACAUGUGCAGAUGCAUAUGAUAAGUGGUCAACUGCAGGUUAUGAUCUUAUACAAUAUCUGCAGCAGGGUAUUGAAAAGUGAAAACCUGCUUCUUUGGGGUGGUCGGUCACGCGACCUUACACUUCGUAUAUCAAUUUGCAUAUUCUUGUUAUUGUUUGUAUUCUAAAUUAUUCAGGAAUUUCGACAUUUUUUUUUAUCAGGCGAGUUAGGAGGUGAAAUAUUACAAUCGAGUUCUUGUUGUCUUGUGAAAAUAUUUGUAGGAAUUAUAUGGCUUUUAGGUUAUAAAUCAAGUUUGUCUCCUGGUUUGUAAA